AUGGCGCAGCCGCAACCGCACGCGCCGCAGCAGCAGACGCAGGCGCAUCCGCAGCAGCAGCAGGCGGGGCAGCAGAGGCGCGGGGCGGCGAAGCAGGUGGUGGUGGUGGUGGAGGGCACGGCGAGCAUGGGGCCGUCGUGGGCGCUGCUGAGACGCCUCUACCUGCACCCGCUGCUCACGUGCGUUCCGCCUCCCUCUACGCUCUCACUUGCACCCGCUGCUCAAGUGCGUAGGACUUCUGUGGCGUCGACUCUCUCACUCAGAGGGCGGGCACAGCAGCGGUGGAGCUGGCUCUCGUGGUCUACCACUCGCACGGCUCCUUCUCAGGUGCGUCCCUCUCUGCCAUGCACAAUGCUCAAUGCAGGCAGCCACUCUCAGCUGCGCCCUUCUCACCUGCGCCCUUCUCACCUGCGCCCUUCUCACCUGCGCCCUUCUCAGCUGCGCCCUUCUCAGCUGCGCCCUUCUCAGCUGCGCCCUUCUCAGCUGCGCCCUUCUCAGCUGCGCCCUUCUCAGCUGCGCCACAUUGCCCCUGCUAGAUGCAUCCUAACCUCCUUUCCUCUCCUCCUCUCCCGUUUGCAGCUUCUCGCCUCGCUGCUCCAGCAGACGCCCUUCACAGCCUCACCUGCCAUCUUCCUCUCGUGGCUCGACGCGCUCUCCUUCUCGGGGGGCGGCGCUUCGGACGCCGCCGUUGCUGAAGGCCUCUCAGAGGCGCUGCUGCAAUUGAGUGCAGCAAUGGGUGCAGCAAUGGGUGCAGCAAUGGGUGCAGCAAUGGGUGCAGCAAUGGGUGCAGCAAUGGGUGCAGCAAUGGGUGCAGCAAUGGGUGCAGCAAUGGGUGCAGCAAUGGGUGCAGCAAUGGGUGCAGCAAUGGGUGCAGCAAUGGGUGCAGCAAUGGGUGCAGCAAUGGGUGCAGCAAUGGGUGCAGCAAUGGGUGCAGCAAUGGGUGCAGCAAUGGGUGCAGCAAUGGGUGCAGCAAUGGGUGCAGCAAUGGGUGCAGCAAUGGGUGCAGCAAUGGGUGCAGCAAUGUGUGCAGCAAUGGGUGCAGCAAUGGGUGCAGCAAUGGGUGCAGCAAUGGGUGCAGCAAUGCGUACAUGCCACCUGCAGAGAUCAGGGUGUGGGGGGGACAUUACGCAGGGAGUCAAUGGCGAGACGGCUGGCAGGGGGGGCAUUGAGAUGCUGUGCCCCACGCCUGCCCCCACAGCCACGCCACCAGCGGGCCUGGAGCGCCACAAGCACGUGGUGCUCGUCGCUGCCUCGCCACCCCACCGCCUGCCCACCCCCGUCGUCAAGCCGCCCCUGCCCACCACAACCUCUGCUGCUGCUGAUGCUGCUGCUGAUGGUGGUGGUGGCAGUGGCGGGGGCGGGGGCGCGUGGGAGGCAGCAGCGUGGUGGGUGGCGUCGGCCCACACGGUGGCAUCCCUCUUCGCCCACCCGCAGGUGCACACACUGUGA